CAAGUGGAGUUCGACCGGAUUACGGUUGCUCCUAAGUUGUCGAGCUUUGUUGACCCUCUCGUGUCAGAUGAGGAGGAUGAGGAUGCUGAUGCCAAUCAUGAAGGCAAGCUUCUCUCUCAUUUGGUUAAAGACACGACUGAAGUAGACUUUGACGAUACUGUACGCGACACUACGCUUUGUGAGCUUGUCGCGUCGGUGCGUAAGAAUAAGUCUAACUCAGGAAAGAAAAGAGGGCGCUCUUCUAAGAAGGCAAAGGUCUCUAAACAAAAAUUGGUUCAGCAUGAGAGGCAUGUUUUGGAAUAGCAGAGGUCUAGGUGACUUGGCUAAACACAAACACAUUGCCGAUUGUGUAAAGGAUCAUGCGUUGGACUUCGUGGCUAUCACUGAGGCGGGAAAACGCGACUUUCCAACACGUGAUCUGGACCACUUCUCAUGUGGUUUGGACUACGAAUGGCACGUCUUACCGCCGACCGGGAGGUCUGGUGGAAUAUUGCUAGGUAUUAACUCUACGUACUUGCAACUAUUGUCCACGUCAAAGGGGGAGUAUCAUAUCAAAUCCCACCUUCGAAACAAGUCUGACAAUUUCCUUUGGAGCCUGGUAGCUGUAUAUGGCGCCGCUCAAGAGGAGUUUAAGUCUGCAUUUCUAAAAGAACUUGUUAAUACCUAUCGAGACAAUCCCCACCCCAUGUUAAUCGGGGGGGAUUUUAAUAUCCUUCGAUAUCAGCAGGAAAAAAACAAUGACCGGUUUGAUACAAGGUGGCCUUUCCUCUUUAAUGCUGUUAUCGACAGUCUGGAUCUGAGGGAGAUCACGAUGUCUGGUCGUCAGUAUACCUGGGGCAAUAACCGAUCGGUGCAAACCUUUGAAAAACUUGAUCGGGUGCUAGUUACCACCGACUGGGAAUAUAAAUAUCCCCUAGCCUCGGUUCGGGCAUUAGAAAGAAUUGAGGCCUUAUCGGAUCACGCUCCAUUGCUCACCGAUUUUGGACAAUCAAUCCCAAGCUCUGACCGUCACCAAUUUAAAUUUGAAUUGGGAUGGCUCACUAGAGAGGGAUUUCAUGACCUGGUGAAGAAAGUGUGGGCACGCCAGCCUCGCGGUAACACACCCAUUCAACGAUGGAAUAAUCGAAUUCGCGCAUUGCGUCGAUUCCUUCGUGGAUGGGCCAAGCAUACUGCUGGCAUCUACAAAAAAGAAAAACUGCGACUAUCUACCUUAAUUGAUUCCCUUGAUAAAAUAGCGGAGGUGAGACCUCUGUCUGCAGUUGAGAUUGAGCAAAAAAGCAAGCUAAACGAGCAGAUAGCCCGCCUACUACGUGAGGAAGAGAUUAAAUGGUACCAACGUUGCAAGGCCGAUUUGCUUGUGCAAGGUGAUGAUAAUACGAAAUACUUUCAAAUGCUUGCCAAUGGCAGACAUAGAAAGAAACGCAUAUUCGCCCUUGACCAGGAGGAAGGCCGAAUUGAGGGGGACGUACCACUUAGAACUUUUAUUACUAAGUACUACAAAGAGCUUUUUUGA